CCGGCCUGCUAUCUGCUUUAUCGUUCCUAUCAAUUGGUGUGGUUCUUCUGGACCCUAAGGCCCUUCGCAGCCGCAGCUAUACGGCAGCUUCAUAUCCAAGCACUACCAUGCUGCUACAAACGAAUGAUAAGACGGUUAUUCCGGCACGAUAAGCAUGGCGGAUUUCCCAUCAGAAGUAUUCUUGGCGCUGGAAUGUAUAUAGUAUUCUUCGAUGUCCGCCGGGGGUUCUUCGUCCAUAGCUCACUAUGUCUUCUGCAACCCAAGAGAAGACCUCGUUUGACGAGAAGAACGUCGUCGUCGAGGCAAUCGCCUAUGGAGCCCAAGAUGACACUGAAGUCACUAACGCGUCUGAGUACACCCCAGAGCAGUACAAAAAGUUGAAACGCAAGAUGGAUUUCUAUCUGCUUCCACUCAUGUGGCUUUGCUACGGUAUCCAGCAAGCCGACAAGACGGGGCUGAGCACUAUGGCGACGUUCGGUCUGCGUGAGGACACAAGCCUGGUUGGACAACAAUACUCGUGGCUGACAACGGUUUUCUACCUCACAUAUAUGUGUUUCGAAUUCCCAUCCAAUAUUCUCCUUCAACGAUGGAGGAUGGGUAAGACUUUGUCGAUCUACAUGAUAUGCUGGGGAGUCGUCGUGUUAUGCAUCGGUUUUGCAAAGAACUUCAAGCACCUUAUCGCCUUGCGUGCUAUGCAAGGAUUCUUCGAAUGCUGUAUCAGCCCGGGAUUUAUCCUCAUUAUCGGAAGUUGGUACACACGCCGAGAACAUUCUUCUCGCUCCCUAGUAUUCCAAAGCGCAAAUGCAGGAUUUGGUGUCAUCGCUGAUCUCACGCUCUACGGAAUUGGUACACUCGAGUAUAAUGGAGAGGACAUCCAGGCAUGGCGGUACAUGUCGUAUUUCCUCGGUUCGCUCACCGUUGCGGUCGGGCUUCUUUGCCUGUACUUCCUCGGUACUCCAUCCGAAGUUCCCUGGCUCACGAAGGAGGAAAAACGGAUGGCCAACACUAGGAUUCUCGAGAACCAGAGUGGACAUGACCGUACGGGUACGAAGGUGUGGAAGUGGGACCAAGCUCGGGAGUGUUUGGUCGAUCCAUGUUUUUACUUUGCAGGAAUAAACGCCUUUCUGUCGUCGGUGCCUAAUGGGGGCCUUACGACGUUUGGAAGCCUCAUUAACACCAGUUUUGGGUUCACGUCUCUUCAAGUGAUCUUGUAUACUAUCCCUCGGAGUAUGACCAGUGUUGUGAUCUUCGUCAUUGUUGGAUUGGUUACUUCAAAGUGGAAGAACCUCCGUCUGUAUAUCAUGGCGUUUGCGACGAUUCCUCCAUUCAUUGGUUUCCUUGGGAUGGCUCUCAUCGAGACGAGCGUGUCUACUAAGUGGACGAAAUGGGGGAUGUACUAUAUGACUGUUCCGUUUGUGCUCAGUCUGUUCUUGGGAUGGACGCUCAUUCCUUCGAAUCUUCCUGGACGUACCAAGCGAACAGUGACGUCCUCUUUUACGUUUGUCGGUUACUGCGUCGGAAAUAUGUGCGGGUCGCAGAUAUUCAAGACGAAAGAUGCCCCAACCUACACGCCAGGAGUCAUGGGAUGCAGCAUAUGCUUCGGGCUAGAGUUCCUUGUCAUCGUUGCCUGGCGGACGACCCUAGUGUUGAGGAAUAGAUGUCGGGAUAAGGCGAUGCUCACGGAUGGGCUGACCGAGGAAGAGAGGGAAAUGCAGGGAAAGAUUAACGGAGAAUCCGAUAUGACGGACUUUGAGAAUCCUCAUUUCCGCUAUACUCUCUGAGGCAGGGUGUUGACUUAGCAUUAUUCAUAACGACUCCGACACACAACUUGCUGUAAAUAUGAAGGUUUCAUUUUCGUCCUUACAACUACGUGUCGCUUCUCUGUGUCUGCAUCCCUCAAGGCUCAUGGGUUUCAUUGCAACGCUUCUCAUCUACCAGACUAUACCGAAUCGAGAAUGCGCUCGGCAGACGCAAUC